AAAGAAUUGUUAUUUGGUUCCUUCUUAGCAAAGGAAAGUAAAGCCUUUUUCAGUGACAAAUCAAUUCGGACGCUUCAGCUUAAGUAGCAGCAGCAGCAAGCAGACUCCAAAAUGCGAUCGUCUCCUUCCUUCAUUGCCUUUUCUCUGUUAUUCAUCGCACUCCUACCCUCUAUUCAGGCACACGCACCGAUUAACGCUCACUUCAAAUCUCUUUCGCCGUUUUCCUCCGCUCUCGAAACCCUCCAGAAACAGCUAGGUUACACUUUCAAGAAAAUUGGGCUUCUUCGCCGUGCCAUGACCCAUGCUUCGUUCUCUGAGGAGAACAACAAAGCCUUGGCAGUUUUGGGCGGCAGUGUCAUCGAAACCGCCGUGUCCUUCAAGCUUCUGUCCAAGGACAUUGAUGUUUCGGCUUCUGAGCUGAACAAAAUGGUAUCACGAGUCUCAAAUGUGGAAUCUUCUUGUGCCGUCGAUGGAACGCGGCUGAGCUUGCACAAGGUGGUCAGAGUUGCUCCCAACACCAACGCUUCUGCGCCUUCUGUGGUUUGCGGCGCGUUUCGAGCUAUCUUUGGUGCCAUUGCUAUUGAUACCGGAAAUUCAGAUGACGCUGGCAGUGUUUUCUGGAACCUUCAUGGUGAUCUUCUUGGCCAUGCGCUAUCAAUGUGAGUUCAAGUUUAUGUACAGUUGUUUGUUUCAUGCUUGAUGCUCAAAGUACUUCUUAAGUUGUUAGUGAGUGAUCUGUGCUUUCUGUGUUGUAGUUUUUAAUCGACCUGAUUACUUUUGCUUUGCAUAUUCGUGCUGUUUCUUUUCUUUAAUUCUGUCAAGUUAUGAAGUCAUUUAGCAACUGUCAUUUGCUUUUCUGUGCAUGUCAACUAUUUAAUUGAAUGUCUAAAAGAUGAUCUGGUAAGCAUGUUUAAGCAAAAGUCCUGAAUCCUAAUUGAGAUACAUUGAGAUGAGUUGGGGAUGACGCAAUGCAAUGUGUAUGUGUCUAUGUGAUGAGUCUAAUUUCAUGUUACCUUAGAAUUGGUCACUGGAGCUGAAAUAUAAUUGUUGAUAGAGCAGAACCUUAGAUUUUGUUGGACUUUGAUGUUAGAUGAUAGUAUUUAAGAUGUUUUGAUGGGGAAAAAGGGUCCUUGUGGCUGAAAGUGGAAGAAUAAUAUGAGUUAUUAGAUGCCCGUGUAUGUUGAGGGCACCGUGAAAUUCAAAAUUUCAAGGGUGGCUGAAUUAGUACUGCUGUUAAUGUUUAUGGUGGAGUUGAGAAUUUGGCAUGGAUUAUUUGGUAAAAAUGUGGAAACUAGGCGGAGGGUCAGAUUGUCAUAAACUAUGAAAUGGAUAAUGAUUGUCUCAGCAGAUUAGAGGAGUGGGACUAUAAUCAUGUGAACAAUAUUUAAUUAUUUAUGAAUGUGAUUCAACCGUAAAGUUUGUGUUUUGUUGUGAUUGUGAUGUAAAAGAAAAUUGGUUAUCCAAAUGAACGUUGAGCCCCAUAAUGUUUUAGUUUACAAACAUAAUUAUGGGAGAGCAAUCAACUUGGGUUGGUCGAGUAGUUAGCUCACUCGUCCGUUUCAGUAAAUGUCGGGGUUCGAAUGUGGGAGAGCAUUUGCAGUGUGAUCAUGAAUGUAAUCAGCUGUGUUUUCUGUUUCGUGAGGGAAAAAACUGGGGCAUUCAAGCAACGCUGCUUUGGGCAGUAUUUUCCACCAAGAGGCUUUUGUUUUUGCCUUCAAGGAUAGAGUGGAGAGUUCUGAUUAGUGACGAUGAGGAUGCUAGGUAAACAAUGGGAGAUGUGAACAACGAAUCGCAUUUCAGGCCCGAUAACCAUAAAAAACCCUAACCCCCAUCAAACCGUAACCCUUUUUUUUACAGCAGCCUCCCAAACGCACACUCCUCUUCUCCGUCGUGCCGUCGCAUCUCCACCGCAUCGCUGACUCUUCUCCAUUGUGCCGUCAUCAUUGCCGUUAGAGACGCACGUCAGCGUUGCCUCGUAUCGUCCCCAUCGUGCCGCCGCUGUUGCUGUGCUGGACCUAAGUGCUGCCGCCCUUCAUCCAGUCCACACCACCAUUUCGCUACGCUGCCACCCUUCCUUCUGAAGCCCUUACCAUCCACAGCGCCACCUCCUACAUCCCUACCGUUGACGGCGUCGUCACUGGCUCCGCAGAACCGGAUUCAUCGCAUCGUCGGCCCUAAGUUGUUUCUGACACCCCUGGUAACGGUAAGCAACCCAUCUCGAAUGGAAAAUAAACAAUCCCAUCUGUAUGAAAAAUAACUAUCCGCAUCUGCAUCAAAAAUAAACAUCCGGGACUGUCAUGGGGUCGUGAACUGCAGCGAAGGCGGGAGCAUAGGAUUGUGAAACUACGACUGCGGCUGCACGGGGUGCAGAAGACAAUGGAGCUCUUGGAAGGAAAGGCACCUCGCCACAAAGUUAUCUCCGGUGAUGACGGCGAAUUGUGGAUGUGGACAGGGAGUGGAUCCUCUCCAGUGGAAAAAAACUAGAUAGUAUCCAGUGGAAGAUCUCACCACUCAUUACAUUCUUUCUCUCAUUUAUUGUUGGUCCCACUUGUAAAAUUAAAGGUGGAAAAUUACACUUUAUUCUCUCCAGUGACAAAAAAAAUAGAGAGAAUCCAUUUCCAGAGGGGCACUAUAUAAGCUGUGCGGCGGACAUCGAAAACUCUGUUACAAUGGAAUUAGAAGUAAUUGUUUGUAGUGUAAAUGUGUU